CAUAUCUCAUAGUUCACAAACUUACUCCAGUUCAUUAUUUCUUUUCUAUCAUUCCUUUUGACAUUGGACUGAAAAACAAUGUUGACAAACCAGGAGCAGCUUCUAUCCAAGAUUGCUAGCAACGACGGCCAUGGCGAAAACUCUGCGUUUUUCGACGGUUGGAAGGCCUACGACUCCGACCCUUAUCAUCCCACCCAGAAUCCUAAUGGAGUUAUUCAAAUGGGAUUAGCAGAAAACCAGCUUUCCAUGGAUUUAGUGGAGGAGUGGGUGAGGAACAACCCACAGGCCUCCAUUUGCACCCCAAAAGGGGCGAGCCAAUUCAAGGAUAUAGCAAUUUAUCAAGAUUAUCAUGGCUUGCCAGAAUUCAGAAAUGCUGUUGCAAGAUUCAUGGAGAAAGUGCGGGGGAACAGAGUCCGGUUCGACCCAGACCGCAUAGUAAUGAGUGGUGGCGCCACCGGAGCUCAAGAAACACUGGCCUUCUGUCUGGCCGACCCGGGCGAAGCACUCUUGGUGCCCACUCCAUAUUACCCUGGAAACGACCGCGAUCUGACGUGGCGCACGGGCAUCGAGCUCAUCCCCGUCGUCUGCGACAGCUCCAACGACUUCAAGUUUACCCGCGACGCCCUCGAAACCGCAUUCAACAAGGCUCAAGAAUCAAACACCAAAGUGAAAGGCCUACUUCUCAACAACCCCUCAAACCCACUAGGAACAGUGCUCGACAGAGAAGCUUUAUCAAUGGCGAUAAACUUCAUCAACGACAAGAACAUCCACCUAAUCUGCGACGAGAUCUACUCGGCCACUGUCUUCGACGAGCCUGGCUUCAUCAGCAUCGCCGAAAUCUUGCAGGAAUCCCCACAAACCAACCCGGAACUCAUCCACAUCAUCUACAGCCUCUCCAAGGACCUCGGCUUCCCCGGGUUCCGCGUUGGGAUCCUGUACUCUUACAACGACGCCGUUGUCUCCUGCGCGCGCAAGAUGUCGAGCUUCGGCCUCGUCUCGACUCAGACGCAGCUGCUCCUGGCGUCCAUGCUGUCGGACGAGGAAUUUCUGGAGAAAUUCCUCGCCGAGAGCGCGGCCCGCCUCUGCGCCAGGCGCAGCAUGCUGUGCCAGGGCCUGGCGCAGAUGGGGGUCGGCAGCCUGAAGGGCAGCGCCGGGCUCUACUGCUGGAUGGACCUGCGGCGGCUGCUCAAGGCGGCCACGUUCGAGGCCGAGAUGGAGCUGUGGCGCGUCAUUGUUAACGAUGUCAGGAUCAACGUCUCUCCUGGCGCGUCGUUCCACUGCUCAGAGCCUGGGUGGUUUAGAGUCUGCUUCGCGAACAUGGACGAUGAGACCAUGCGCGUGGCUCUCGGUAGGAUCUCAAAACUUGUUAUGCAAAGUAACAAGAACUCUGAGAGCAGGAAGCCGUGCAGAAGGAGGAGCAAGCUAGAGAUCAGCUUGUCGUUCAGGAGGCUGGACGAGAUUAUGAUGUCGCCUCACUCUCCGAUGACAUCGCCUCUUGUCCGGGCGAGGACUUAGAUGGAUUUUGUGGGAUUGGACUGUUGUCGAAGAUGACAAGAAUUUCGUUGCUUUGGUGGUGAAUAAAAGGAAGAGGAUUAAUUAGGGUUUGAUCUUCCUUAUGUGUGUGAUUUUUGGUUUAUUUUUUAUUUCUUGGAGUGUUUGGCUUUGGGGAUUAUGUGAUCUUAACGACUCCUGCAAUAGUAUCAGGUUUUUUGUCCUUAUGGGACAUGGCAUAAUGUGUCUGAUAAAUGUUUGAUCGUUUUUUUUGUAAUGAGUAACUAGCAUGCCAGUUAUGACUCUCA